GUGUAUGUUCACGAGGACCCAUGUGACACUCUGGGUUCUCGUUGGCAGUUUGUAGUUGGUUACGGUUUGCUGAUGAGCAGCAAUAACGGCCAAACGUUGUCGGGUCUCCUUCAAGACACGAGUGAAAGAGCUGUCCGCGAAGAGACGAAACUCAACCGCAGCCAUGCCGUUCGGAAACACCCACAACAACUUCAAGCUGAAGUUCUCCAGCGAGGAGGAGUUCCCGGACCUGAGCGUGCACAACAACCACAUGGCCAAGGUGCUCACCCCCGAGAUCUACAGCAAGCUUCGCGACAAGCAGACGCCCAGCGGCUACACACUCGACGAUGUCAUUCAGACCGGCGUCGACAACCCAGGCCACCCCUUCAUCAUGACCGUGGGCUGCGUGGCUGGCGACGAGGAGUCCUACGAGGUCUUCAAGGACCUGUUGGACCCCGUGAUCAGCGACCGCCACUCGGGCUACAAGCCGACAGACAAACACAAGACCGACCUGAACCCAGACAACCUGAAGGGCGGUGAUGACCUGGACCCCAACUACGUGCUCAGCAGCCGCGUGCGCACGGGGCGCAGCAUCAAGGGCUACAGCCUCCCCCCGCACUGCAGCCGCGGGGAGCGCCGCGCCGUCGAGCGUCUCUCCGUGGAGGCUCUGUCAAAGUUGGACGGAGACCUGAAGGGCAAGUACUACGCGCUCAAGGGCAUGUCGGACCAGGAGCAGCAGCAGCUGAUCGAUGACCACUUCCUCUUCGACAAGCCCGUGUCUCCACUGCUGCUGUGCGCCGGCAUGGGACGCGACUGGCCUGACGCGCGUGGAAUCUGGCACAACGACAAAAAGACCUUCCUGGUGUGGGUGAACGAGGAGGACCACCUGCGCGUCAUCUCCAUGCAGCAGGGCGGCAACAUGAAGGAGGUGUUCAAGCGCUUCUGCACGGGCCUGCAGAAGAUCGAGGCCAUCUUCAAGGAUAAGGGCCACCCCUUCUCGUGGAGCGAGCACCUGGGCUACAUCCUCACGUGCCCCUCCAACCUGGGCACGGGGCUGCGCGGCGGCGUGCACGUCAAGCUGCCCAACCUCUCCAAGCACCCCAAGUUCGGCGAGGUCCUCACCCGCCUGCGCCUGCAGAAGCGCGGCACCGGUGGCGUGGACACGGCGGCCGUGGGCGGCGUCUUCGACAUCUCCAACGCGGACCGGCUGGGCUCGUCCGAGGUGGAGCAGGUGCAGAUGGUGGUGGACGGCGUGAAGCUGCUCGUCGAGAUGGAGAAGGCGCUGGAGAAGAACGCGUCGAUCGAAGACCUCAUCCCCGCGCAGAAGUGAAGAAGCCCCAACGCGGCUCGCACGACUUGUACAACAACAACAGCAGCAGCGCGUUCAUGUAGUCGACGGUAAACGGCACAGAUAAUAAAUAAAUAAUCUUUUCGCUGAAA